UCCAGGAGCUGGAAAGUUUGGUUUGGGUUUGCUUUCCUAAAGUUUAUCCCCAAUUGCUGGUGGGUGGGACCUUGUGCGAAACGACCUGCGGAGGAGAGAAAGAGAGCAGAGCUUUGGGGAGAAGAGAGGUUGCCGCUUUCCUCUCUCUUUCUCUCUCUUCUCUCUCUUCCUUCUUUCCUUCCAUCCCUUCUUCCUUCCUUCUCACUCCUCGCCUUGCUUCACCCAACACCACGAAGGCGAUUUCACCUUUGCCAGAGGCGCAUCCUUCCUUUGAAGCUGUGGAAAGACACCCACGCAGGCAUUGCCUAAUAACAUCAGGAAACAUAAUCUGUCCCAGUGGCCGUGGAUCUUCUUUCUGCCUUCAGGUUCAAGAUGAUAGUGUUUGCCAUUCUUGCUGCAUUGAUGCUCGCUACAGGAUACUCGCAGGAAGCAGAUGAAACCAUCACAUAUACGCAAUGCACAGAUGGUUAUGAAUGGGAUCCUGUCAUGCAGCGAUGCAAAGAUAUUGAUGAGUGCGAGAUUGUGCCCGAUGCCUGCAAAGGUGGGAUGAAAUGUGUGAACCACUUUGGAGGAUACCUCUGUCUGCCCAGAACAGCCCAGAUUAUUGUUAACAACGGCCAAGAAGGAACCGCCUCUGAAACCACGAGUGGCCGAAAUGGUAAUCCAAUCAGUCGUCGGACUCCUCCAGAUAACACCGCGUCCCAGAUACGGUGUGCGGCUGGGUAUGAGGCAACCGAUCACACUACAUGCCAAGAUGUGGAUGAAUGCGCAACAGGCACCCACACCUGUAGGUCAGAUCAGAUAUGUGUCAACUUAAGAGGAUCAUUCACUUGUCAGUGCUCGGCUGGCUAUCAGAAGCGAGGCGAUCAGUGCAUUGAUGUAGAUGAAUGUACAUUCUCGCCAUUUUGUCACCACCGUUGUGUGAAUGCUCCUGGUUCCUACUACUGCCAGUGCAACAGCGGUUAUCAAUUAGCACCUGACAAUCACACAUGCGCAGACGUCAACGAAUGUGAGACCAGCAACCCUUGUGCCCAACUGUGCUAUAAUGUAGUUGGGUCCUUCCUGUGCCAAUGCAACCAAGGCUUUGAGUUAAGCGCCGACAGAGUCAACUGUGAUGAUAUCGAUGAAUGCAGAGCUUCCAACUUCAUGUGCCAGUAUGAGUGCGUCAAUGAACCAGGGAGGUUCUCUUGCCUGUGCCCAGAUGGGUACCAGUUAGUCAGAGGAAGAAAUUGUCAAGAUAUAAAUGAAUGUGAGGUGGGCAACGAAUGCCGAGAAGAUGAAAUAUGCUCCAAUUAUCACGGUGGAUAUCGCUGCUAUCCAAGGAAUCCAUGUCAAGAGCCUUACGUUCUUGCAUCUGAAAAUCGCUGUGUUUGCCCAGUGUCCAACACCCUUUGCCGAGACCUGCCAUACUCCAUUGUACACAAAUACAUGAGCAUCCGCUCCGAGAGAACCGUGCCAUCUGAUAUCUUCCAAAUCCAGGCCACCCAGAUAUUCCCCAAUACAAUUAACACGUUCCGGAUUAAAUCCGGAAAUGAGAACGGAGACUAUUUUCUGAGACAAACAAGUCCGGUUAGCGCAAUGCUUGUAUUGGUCAAGCCAUUAAAAGGACCCCGGGAACAUAUCAUCGAUUUGGAGUUGGUGACGGUCAACACUAUGAACUAUCGGUCGAGUUCAGUGCUCAGGUUGACGCUCAUUGUGGGACCUCAUCCAUUUUAGCCACAGCACUUAAGUAAUUCCCAAGUACCCAGAGCAGCCAAAGAAAUAUUCUCUUAAAUGAAGCACUUACAACUUUAUUUAUAGAUUUUACAUGAUGUGUUUUGUUAAAGGAAAAACUUUAUUAAGAAAAUCAAUCUUUGUAGCCAUGCUAUCGUGCUUAUAAUUCAAAAGUAGUUAUGUUUUCUGAAGUAUAACCAGGGCAUUUCCACUUUCCAUUUAAAGGUUUGCAUUUCUCUCUAUUCUGGUGAUACCAGUAUCAAUCACCUAUUCCCAUUUCAAUACAAUAAGACUGCAAUAUUCAUAGGGGAUACAUUCCUUUCCUCCAGUUCCAGCUUACCAUAGGGUUGUGGUUGGAGGAUGUAGAUCAGCCAUGAAGAGACUUUGGCCCUCUAGAUAUUUUGGACUUCAGCUCCUACCAUUCUUAACAGCUGGUAGACUUUUAGGAAUUGUGGGAGUUGAAGUCCAAAACAUCUGGAGGGCCAAAGUUUCCAGUGCCUAAUCUAGUGAUUCCUGGAGAGCUAUUGCCUUUAGGAAUUUGCUAGGUCCUCCUAUGCACAUCUAUGGUAACAUCUAGGGCAGUGGUUCUCAACCUAUGGGUCCCCAGAUGUUUUGGCCUUCAACUCACAGAGGUCCUAACAGCUGGUAAAUGGGCUGGGAUUUCUGGGAGUUGUAGGCCAAAACACCUGGGGACUCACAGUUUGAGAACCACUGAUCUCAGGGAAGUCUACUAUAGAAUCACCUGGAGGAUCUAACAGGACACAAUUUCCGCCUAGGCACCAGCAAAUGAACAAUGUGGAUAUAGGUUCUGUGUUUAUGGGGGUCUUACUGUAGUUGUGUUUUCACUAGACAAGAAGAAUACAGGGUAGGAGAGACCAGGAUCAGAUUCUCUGUACCUAGUCCAGAAUAUUCCAAAGUUCAGCAAAAGUUCUGAGCAGAGUCAUCAACCCUACAUAAAAGGCUCAGUGCACCAGAAUCAUUCAUGAUUUCUAAUCCCAUGAAGCAUAAUCAAAUAAGAUCUGUAUUAGAUUAGAACAAAGGGAGACCACUAUUCUGUCCCAAGAGAAGCCAACCAAAUUCCCAUCUCGAUACCCACAAGCAGAAUACAAAUACAUGAAAACGUGUAUCCUCAACAAUUUGUAUUGUGAAAUACAAGGCCUCCAACAUGACAG